AUGUAUGUAGGCUAUAUAAAGAAUAAUGGUACACAAGUUAAAGUUCCAUUAGACAACAACUGCUACUUAAACUUAUAUGGAGACGAACAAAAGAAAUAUUUAAGAGUUUAUGAAAUGGCAGGUAUGACGUUGGCUGACCCAGCUCCAGCACCAUAUUAUUAUGACUAUGGAGAUGACGACAGAACACCACAUGUAGAUGAACAAAAACUAACAUUAUAUUUAGAUUAUUAUAGAUAUAAAAGAUAUAAUGCAAUAGAAAAAACGAGAAUAGUAUAUUAUUAUACAGAUGACAGAAAUAAAUAUUAUAGUCAAGAUUUUACCUACCCUGAAAACAUAAGAUUAUAUUAUAAAAAAUAUUCUGACACAAACCAGAAGAAACCUGAAAUAGUUGCACUAUAUUUUAAGUUCAAAAGAGACAAUCCUAUAAUAUCUCAUAUGUUUGAUUUAAUGAACCCAGUAGGUUCUAUUUAUACAUCUAUGGAAGCAAGAGGUCCUCAAGUAAUGUUUGGUGUUGGUGCAUGGGAACAAA